CUUCUGUCUCUCUGUCUCUCUCCUCUCUCUCUGUCUCCCUCCCUUCUCUCUCUCUCCUCUCUCUUUCUUUCUCCCUUCUCUGUUUCUGUCUCUCUCUCUCCCCCCCUCCCCCCAUGCACAUGAACACAUACUAUAACCUCUUUAAAGAGUAUCACAACCCGCUCCUCAUGUCCCCAUGUCAUCCGUUUUCUUUUGUGGAGAAGUAAAUCAGCAAUUAGUACUCCAUCACAUCUAAGCCAGGCCAUCAUCACUAAUACUGAACUUUCCCUUCUGACCCUGAAAUCCUUCCUAAACCCUGAGGAUCAGUCUGUCACCCUUCGUACUGAAGGAAGGGCUAAUCCCAUACCUGCCUGACAAGGAAUGCCUCCCCCCUCCCCCCCCCCCCCCACCUUACAAUAGAUUUCCUUCAUCCUGCACUGAAGCUCCUCCCCUCCCCCAUCCCUAACAUAUAUUCUCAUCCUUGAAUUCUAGCCCUCCCUUCCCUGAUACUCAGCCUUGAAUCCCCCCUCACUGAAAGUGGGCGCCCUCGUCCCUGACAAGUGAGCCUCCUCUGUCUCACUCAUCAUUAGCACAGGGCCUCUCCUUGCAGACAUUGAGCCCUCUGUCCUUAAGCCCAAAUCCCCCGUCGGUGACCCUGAGCCUUCACCAUGCCUGACGAUGAAUCCCCGAGCCCAGACCUCAUCUCUCUUCCUUCCUCUCUCUGGGCCCCAGACACUGGCAGAACAUGAGCGCUGACUCUCUGCACUUCCAGGGAGGGCUUGGAAAGAGUAGCGGGGGAAAGGGAGGGCAUUUCCUUUUCCUGAAUUCUGGAAUCCUUUGGGAGGAAAUGGGGUGGAGGGACAGGCUGGAGAGGAUAUGAUGCUGGGAGUUUAAGAGCACUGAUACCCUUGGAGGCCUUUGUUGAUCCUUUGGGGAAGAGGCUUAGGGACAGGACGAACUUGGGAGCAGGAGCAUGGCUGCCAGGUGGCUCCACCAGGGCCCCUGCCCCUCACCUGAGUGCCAUGGAAUCCAUGUUUGAGGACGACAUCAGCAUCUUGACCCAGGAGGCGCUGGGGUCCGGCGAGGUGUGGCUGGAUGGGCCGGGGGGCCCUGUGCUGGGCAGUGACAUGUGUUCUGCCUCCCACUUCGCACUCAUCACAGCCUACGGGGACAUCAAGGAGCGGCUGGGGGGGCUGGAGCGGGAGAAUGCCACCCUACGGCGCCGACUCAAGGUGUAUGAGAUCAAGUACCCAGUGAUUGGUGACUUUGGAGAUGAGCACAACUUCUCUUUGUAUGAAAUUAAGGAGGGCUCCCUGCUGGAGGUGGAAAAGUCCAGUCUACAGCAGCGACUCAAUCAGUUCCAGCAUGAGCUCCAGAAGAGCAAGGAGCAGGAAGAACAACUGGGAGAGAUGAUCCAGGCUUACGAGAAGCUGUGCGUAGAGAAGAGCGACCUGGAAAACGAACUGGGGGAGAUGCGGGCUUUGGUGGAGACCCACCUGAGGCAGAUCUGUGGCCUGCAGCAGCAGCUUCGGCAGCAUCAGGGAGGCGGGGACAGCAGCUUCCCCAGCCUGAGCCCUCCAGCAGCCCCUCCCCACACUGACCCUGACCUUGACCUCCACUACCUGGCACUACGAGGAGGGCCUGGCCUUGGCCAUGUGCUAGAGCCUGCUCUGGGCUGGCCCAGCCCACCCAGUGUUGGGGAGCUGGAGAGGAGGCGGCUGGAAGAGGCUUUGGAAGCAGCUAGAGGGGAGGCGAGGGGGGCCCAGCUCCGGGAAGAGCAGCUCCAGGCCGAGUGUGAGCGGCUGCAGGGAGAGCUGAAGCAGCUCCAGGAGAGCAGGGCUCAGGAUUUGGCUUCCAACCAAUCGGAGCGAGACAUGGCUUGGGUGAAGAGGGUUGGAGAUGACCAGGUUAACUUGGCUCUGGCCUACACAGAACUGACCGAGGAACUGGGCCGGCUCCGGGAGCUCAGUUCCCUUCAGGGGAGGAUUCUGCGGACGUUGCUGCAGGAACAAGCCCAGAGGAGCGGCCAAAGACACUCCCCUCUCUCCCAGCGCCACACCCCAUCUCCACAGUGCCCUUCGCCAUCCCCGCCAGCUCGGGCCCCCCAGCCCGGGCCCCAGUGUCAGUCCCCAGUCCCCCAGCGCCGCUCCCCUGUCCCACCGUGCCAUUCCCCCCAGCAGCGCCGCUCCCCCGCCUCGCCGUCCUGUCCAUCCCCCGCUCACCAGCGCCGCUCCCCUGUGCCUCUGCCGCCCCCCCCACCAUGCCAGUCCCCUGCCCCCCAGCGCCGCUCUCCUGUGCACCCCCCCUGCCCGGCUCCCCCGCCUCGGCCCCCACCAGGGGAGAGGACUCUGGUGGAGUUGGCCUACGCCAAGCCCCCCAGUCACCACGUGAAAGCCGGCUUCCAGGGGCGCCGUAGUUACUCGGAGGUGGCGGAUGGGGCGGGAUACGCGGGAGCGUGGCUGCAGGCCGAGGCCUCGACGCUGCCCAAGCCCCGACCCUACGGCGGGGAGCUCUACAGCCCCAGCCGGCCUCUCAGCCCCCGGAGCACCUUUGAAGGCAUCCGGCUUCGGUUUGAGAAGCAGUCUUCAGAAGAGGAAGAGUGGGCUGUGCCCAGCCCCCCCAGCCCAGAGUCAGGCACUAUCCGCUGUGCUUCUUUCUGCGCCGGCUUCCCCAUCCCCGAGACGCCCACUGCUGCCUACACCCACGCGGAACAUGCCCAGUCCUGGCCGUCCAUCAACUUGCUAAUGGAGACUGUGGGUUCAGACAUCCGAAGCUGCCCUCUCUGUCAGCUGGGAUUUCCCGUUGGGUACCCGGAUGAUGCACUCAUCAAACACAUUGACUCACACCUGGAGAACAGCAAGAUAUAGGGCACACUCACUCUUCCCUCGUUGACCAUUCAUUCUCUCCCACCUCUUCAGACCACCAUUUCCCCUACUUUGAAUGCUGCAUGAUUCUCGCAGGGUCCGUCCUCCCUUACCUCUGCUACUCUGGCCAAGUGUGCUGUCUCUUUACUGUGCUGCCGGUCACCAUAUAGCUUUGGCUCAUCCCAGGUGGAGCUGCCAAGAACUACUCCCUGCCCCUUCCACCCCUUCUCUGGCUCCUUUCCAGGGAAGUGGGGAACUGGGAUGGAACGGGUCAGGGCUGUCCAUCUCCCUGUGAGUCUUUUUGUCCUUCCUGUUUUCAAAUUGUGUUGGAUGCAGUAAAAUCUCCAGUGUUGUUGGGCUAGUGGGGGGGGAAGGGAAGGGGAUUUGUGAACUCCGGAAGGCCCCAGCCCACCCUGGAGAUGUGUCUGUGAUGUGUCGUAGCUCUGCCACAUUUCAUCCCAUUUUGGUCCUCUAUGCCCCACUCUUAUUCCAGGUCCUCAGCCCUGCCAGGCAUUGAUGUCAGAUGCCAACUCUUCCCUAUGCACUGAGUCUCCUGGAGUGGGGUUCCCAGGGGAGAAAAUACCAGAUAUAGCCACCCCUCAUCCCUCUCCUCCUGUAUACGUUUGUCCUCCAUCCAUCCCAGGGCUACCUCUCCCUAUACUAUCCCUAGAAAGGUCUUCUCUCUCUCCCUUCUCCCCCACUCCCAACUGCCCCCCAGCAGGGACUGGAUGAUUAACUGCCUUCCUGGACCUGAGCAGAAUAGCAGAAUAUUGUGUGUGUGUGUGUGUGUGUGUGUGUGUGUGUGUGUAUGUAUGUGAGAGAAAGAGAGAGACACAGAGAGAGAGAGAAAGAGAGACAGACAGACAGACAGACACACAGACACAGACACAGACACAGAGAGAGACUGAGUAGUGAUGGGGUUGCAUUAGGAAGGUACUCUGGAUGUUCCAGCUUAGGUUGGCAGGGUCUUCCCCUUCCCCCCAAACGGGUACCAUUUGUUUCAACUUGCUGGAUCCAGAGGCUCAAAUGUCUGCCUGAUUGAGUUCCUGGAACUUUCACCUCACAUAGUGGUGGGGCAGCUCCUCCUCUCCUUUUGCCCAGAUCCCAUUACCACAAGUGCCCUGGGAACCCAGAAAGGGCUGGUGCCAGGUCAGGCAUGGACAUUGGCAUUGCUUCCUGGGUGUCAGACCGGAUUCCUGUAAAGUGGGUGGGUUGGUAGGCAGCCCAAACUGUUCCCCCAUGCCCAGGUGGGAGUGGGCAAGGGUGGGCACCUGGACCCAGCCCAACCCUGAGAAUUAUUGGCCAAGGGCAGGCUGCUGAGAUCUGCUUCAAAAAAGAGCUAAUUCCCUUUACUGCUCUCCCUCCCCACCUCCCACCCACAACUCCCUCUGUAAAAUCUACCUCAGAGUUGAUAAAUCCCAGAAGGAUGGGUUUGAGGGGACGGGCUAAGGGGGAGGGAAGACCCCCAGGGCCAAGAAGGGGAACUCCCCACAGCGAGAGCCCGGACCCCCAGUGAUUAAACCAACUUCCCCUCUCCCCCCACAACCACCACUUGGUGGUCAGAGGAGGAAGAGUGCUGCUUUCAAUGCAUGUACAGUUCUGAUCCAACUCUUCCAGAAUCUCCCUGAUCAUCACAGCCCUCCCUUACCUCUGGUUUCCUAACCCUCCGCCUCUAUUCUGGGGGUGCUGGGUAUGGAUGCAAGAGGGAGAUGGGCUGCAAGAACUCCAGAGACACACGGACCUGGCUGUAUCAUCUGGACCUGAAAGUUCCCCUGGAGGAGGGGAAGAGGCACAAAAGAGGAGGGAGAGGGGGGCCCUGUGCUCUGUGAACAAAAUAAAAAGUCCAAAUAAAAGUCACCUGUCCCAUG